AUGCUCACGCCCUCCGCCACACAGACACACACGGAGGCGUGCGGCCGAUACCGAGGGGCGCGGGGGGGCGAGGGGGGCGAGGGUGCAGGGCAGCAAGUGAGAGUAUUCAGUCGCUUUCUACGUCGACCACCGAGCACGCGCUUAUCCCGGCCGCCGCGAGACCGCCAAACGAACGGUGCCAAGAUACAAUCGAGGAAGAAAUAUUUUCGGAGAAGCACAAAUUGUGUCACGAGAGUGCCUGACUCACGAGUGACAGCGGAAGUGAGAAGAAAGAACUUGCACCGCCCGCACGAAGUAACGCUUCGCAAGAAGCGGCCGCCAGGAGAAUCGCACCGGGGCCCUCGCCGCCGCACGAGGCGCGCAGCGCGCGUUGCAAGAGAUCGGCGCUCCAGGCAGGCAAGCGGGCAGGCAAGCGGGCUGGCAAGCGGGCUGGCAAGCGGGCUGGCAAGCGGGCUGGCAGGCAGGUAGGCGGGGAGGCUCGCCGGCCGCGGAAGGAGGAAAAGUAGUCCCCGUCGCUUGUGGGCCCGCGAGUGGGAGUUCCGACCACGAAGCCGAGCGGCGAGAGCGAGGCUAGUGAGCAGUGGCGGGGGUGGAUUUGGCUGAAGUGGCGACUUCCAAUGGAGAGCUGCCGCCAUCGCAGCACCACCAACUGGCUCCGGCGCCGCCGCAGCCGAGCCCGCAAUCUCGGCCAGCACAGCGGGCGUGCGCCGGGCGAGAGCAGCGACGGCGCGGGCGGG